CCCCUGUGGAGACAGUAAAGAUUAAGAGGAUCAUACCCCUGCACCCAGAGCUGUGCUAGGAAAAGUCUGGACCCAGAGCCAAGGUGGGGAGAACGCUCCAGACGGAAAACUCCUCUCUCACAAGGGAAGGGAAGCAGAAGAGAGACACGCAUGGACAGACAGCCAGACAAACAGUAGACAGAGGUAGAGACGGAGACAUAGGCUAGGUCCAGCAGCUGCUUGCAGGCAAGUAACAGGCUGCCCUUGGGACCUGCCAUAUCCAAUGAGCUCUACAGUGGCUGCUUCUGCUGUAGCUGUGGCUGUGACAGCCUCCAAGAAGGAGUCUCCAGGCAGGUGGGGUCUUGGAGAGGAUCCAACAGGUGUGGGCCCCUCACUCCAGUGCCGAGUGUGUGGGGACAGCAGCAGUGGGAAGCACUACGGCAUCUACGCCUGCAAUGGCUGCAGUGGCUUCUUCAAGAGGAGUGUGAGACGGAGGCUCAUCUACAGGUGCCAGGUGGGGGCAGGAAUGUGCCCGGUGGAUAAGGCCCAUCGCAACCAGUGCCAGGCCUGCCGACUGAAGAAGUGCUUACAAGCAGGCAUGAACCAAGAUGCUGUGCAGAAUGAGCGCCAACCCCGAAGCAUGGCCCAGGUCCACCAGGACGGCAUGGAAGCAGGCAGUGAUCCUCGGUCUGAGCCCUUGGUGGCUUCCCCUGCUUUGGCAGGGCCCAGUCCCCGAGGCCCCACAUCUUCAUCUGCAGCCAGGGCCAUGGGCCACCACUUUAUGGCCAGUCUCAUCACCGCUGAAACUUGUGCUAAGUUGGAGCCAGAGGAUGCCGAAGAGAAUAUCGACGUCACCAGCAAUGACCCUGAGUUCCCUGCAUCCCCCUGCAAUCUGGAUGGCAUCCAUGAGACAUCAGCUCGUCUACUCUUCAUGGCUGUCAAAUGGGCCAAAAACCUGCCCGUGUUUUCCAACCUGCCCUUCAGGGAUCAGGUGAUCUUGCUGGAAGAGGCGUGGAAUGAGCUUUUCCUCCUUGGAGCCAUACAGUGGUCUCUGCCCCUGGACAGCUGCCCACUGCUGGCACCACCAGAGGCCUCUGGCGGCUCUCAGAGCAGGCUGGUCUUGGCCAGCGCAGAGAUGCGCUUUCUGCAGGAGACAAUCUCCCGGUUCCGUGCACUGGCAGUGGACCCCACAGAGUUUGCCUGCAUGAAGGCCCUGGUCCUCUUCAAACCCGAGACUCGAGGCCUGAAGGAUCCUGACCACGUGGAGGCUUUGCAGGACCAGUCCCAAGUGAUGCUAAGCCAGUAUAGCAAGGCUCACCACCCCAGCCAGCCUGUUAGGUUUGGGAAAUUGCUCCUUCUGCUCCCAUCAUUGAGGUUCAUCACUGCUGAGCGCAUCGAGCUCCUCUUCUUCCGAAAGACCAUAGGGAACACUCCAAUGGAGAAGCUCCUUUGUGACAUGUUCAAAAACUAGGGCGUGUCAAGUGUUCAGAGCUCCCGGGCAACACUCUUGUGAAGCUAGAUAUUUGCCUGCCUUUGUCAUCCAGCAGCUCCACGUGCACUAGCUCUGUUUGCACAGUUGAAUGCAUGUUGUGUUAUAUGCCUGGGAACAACAGCUUCAGGGGAGAAAAAGUGAGUGGUGGGAGGGAGAAAAGUGUGACAACAUGGAGACAUUUUGUAGGCUACAAGUUGAACAAAAGCCAGGCAUGAGUAACUCUUAGAGUUCAUGACUGGGGAGGGGAAGAGGAAGGAAGGAAAGAAGGAAGGAAGGAAGGAAGGAGGGAAAGAAGAUAAAAUAAAAGGAAAUGAGAAAAUAAAAGACUCACAUAAGACUGGUGGUAGUGGUAAAAGUCAGAAGUCACCUCUGGGUGGGGGGAGGGGUGGGAAGAGGAGUGGGAAGAAGAGAAGUCACCUCCAGUACUAGGAAUGUCCUUUAUUUUGAUUUGGAUGGUAAACUGAUAGUCAUUAAAACUCAUUGAGCACUUAAAA